AUGGCCGCCGAAUCUCCUGCCAUCGCCGCUCCAGAGGGCAACCUGGAAUCUGAGACUCAGGGAGAUCUCGUGACUUUCGUCGUUGAGUGGGCGGACGGGGAUGACGCCCCCGGAGAACCACCAGCAGGUGAAGACAAGGGGAAGGCUCUUCCCGAUGAAAUUCUGCCCGAUAUGGAGCUAAAAAUGCAAGCGCUUGCUGAUGCUAUUUCACGGAUGAAGCCAACACGUCCCGAAAUCGUGAGGGCUGUGCCAAUCGGUCGUGUGUUGGCCGGCUUCGGAAGACCUCUCCGCCGCAGCGAAGGAGAUUUCUACGGCUUGAGCAAGCAAGCUGGAGAGAUACAGGCGUUUUGGUCGCAUAGUUGGCAAGGGCCUCCAUGGAAGAAGAUUCUCGCCCUUAUAUUUCUCUACAACAGCACUGCGGCAUCCGUCCUCAGUACUGCGGCAGCGGUGUGUGUCAUACCGCUCUAUGUUUUUCAAGUUCUGCCGAGCUUCGUUUCUUCGUCUGUGUGGUGCAGUCUGGUUGGAUCAGUGACAUAUCUGUUGACCCUAUUCUUCUGGCGGCGGCCAUCGCAAACGGCCUUCGUUGACAGAUGUUGCAUCCACCAGAGCGAUCCAAGGCUCAAAGCUGAAGGGGUCUUCAGUCUCGGCGCGAUCAUCAAGAGCUCCGAACAACUCGUCGUUCUUUGGGAUUGGUCGUAUGCGCAACGACUAUGGUGCAUAUUUGAGAUGGCGGCAUUUCUACACACCCACAAAGGGCAGGAGAGGGUCCGGAUCCAGCCCACAAUCUUCGGGCCGCUCUUGCUGUCCACAAGCUUGUCCUUCAUGCUGCUGAAUCUGGGAAUCCUCGGCAUGUACAACGUCGCCGGCCAGAACUCCUUCAUGAUUUUCGUUCUCGUCACGAUUUUCUUCUCGAGCCUCAUCUUCGCCCCACUGGCGAGCUGGCCGCGCCAGUACUUCCGUGAGGUGGGCCACAUUCGCACUCAAAUUGUAGACUUCAGCAUCGAGAAGUCAGAAGCCUACUGCUGCUCCGUGGGUCACAAGGACCCGCACACCGGAACACCCAUGCCGUGUGACCGCAAGAUCAUUCAAGAGUGCGUCAUCAGAUGGUUUGGCAGUAUUGGAGCUUUCCAUGAUCGAGUGCGCGGUGAUGUACAGCAAGCUCUUCUUGACAGGAUGACGAGUCAGGUGCUUUCAUACAAGGUCUUUGUGGAGGUUUCUUGCCCGAUCUUCUGGCCAUUCUUGGAUUUCUUUGCCGCCUAUGUGAGGUGGGCGCUGGCCGAGGACAUGACCAUGGGCUAUGUGUCUAGAUCCGGCUUGGAAACGUGGGAAUGCUGCAAGCUUUUCUUGUAG